AUGGCAUCGACUAUCAUAAAUAAAAAUACUGUUCCGAUUUCUUUAGCUAUGAUUGAGGAAUCUCUUCGGCAAAUACCCUCAACAGAUUUUCAGGAACUCAAAUCUUCCGCUAAGCCGCCAUUAUGCUGUCUUGCUGUACUCGAAGGCGUUGGUAUUUUACUCAAUCCAGCAAAACAACAAUGGGAAUGGACAGAUGAUAAAAACCUAAUGUCGGGAAGUAAACACGAGUUUUUACAACGUUUAUUUGAUUUCAACAAGGAUAACAUUAACAAUAAACAAUUAGAAAGACUCAAAUCAAUUUUAGAUCGAACUGAUUGUCAGCCAGCCGAUAUUGCUAAAAUCUCGCGACUGUGUUCUUAA